CUUUCUUAAUUAAUAACCCAAUCUCUACAACUACAAGUCUAGAGCCUUGAGCUAUAGUUCUAAAAGAUUGAGCAUUGAGCACAAUUUUGGAUGCAUUGCAGAGUUCAAUUUUUUUUCUCUCUUGAAAUGGCCUUCACGUGCAAUGAUCACAUAACCUUUUUCACCCCUUGGAUCCCAAGUCCAACUUCCCUCACCAAACUCACAAUGGAAACCCGACCCAACCAACAUCCUAUCUUCACUAAACCAAACCAAAACACACCCCGUUUCAAAUUUGCUGGUUUUUUUUAAGCUCACUCUACUAAUUUUUGCUUUUCUCCUCCUAGUACAAAAACAAAAUGUGUUAUGUGGGGAAAGCAACAAAGAUCUUCAUCUUCAUAGUUACAGCGUUGGUGGUAUUGGGUCUUGUCUUGGGAUUCGGGCUGCUUCGUCACCAUAAGUCGCACUCACACAAAUGCUCCGGCGGCGACUCUUGUCCUCCUCCUAAUUUCUUCCCUAACCCUAUCUCCACCCCUAAUUCGCCACCCUUUUCUUCUUCUUCCUCCUCUUACAACCCUCCUUCUCCUGCCAUUGGGUCUAACCAGCCCACCUCCCCUAACUCACCACCUACCUCAAUCCCUACUGCUAACCCACCACCAACACCAUCCACCCCACCAGCUGUCCAGGACCCUACUCCUACACCUCCGCCGCCUGACGCUAACCCAAAUCCUCCACCACAAUCUCCUCCUCCUCCUCCUCCUCCUGCAGUGCUGCCAGUGCCACCCUACAAUCAGCCUACUCCGGUACUGGUGGCUCCAGGUCCUGUGCAUGCUUAGACUAGCUGGUUAGUUCCAUUAAAAAAUAAACGUUUUUUUUUUUUUCUACUUUCAAUUUUCUUGAAUUAAGUAAUUUUUUUAGAUGGGUUGUAUAGUGGUGGGGAUGAUAAUGGGUGAGAUUUGGAUUAGAUUUUGAUAAUGGUGAAUUUUGUUUUUUAUUAUUAUUCAUAUUGAGAAUUUAGUGAUUUACCUACACAACCCACUUAUCAGAUGUAAUGAAUUGUGCAUCUUGUCUGAAAAAUUGACAAAAAUGGUUGUCGAUUCUUUUGAA